AUGUUUGACGAUAAAAUUAAAAUAAAAGACGUGUGCAAAAUUAUUCGAAAUCAUUUAAUUUGUGGCAGUAGAGAUAGAUACUCCAUAGAAGACUGUAAAAAGCUUAUUCGCUACUUAAAGCAUAUAUAUGGUAUAAUGGACGCUAUUAAUAAACCAAAGUAUUUUUAUGAUAAAAUUGCCAUAGAAGGCAAAAAUAAUGGAAUUAUGGAUUUUGUUAAUACAUGUAAAAAUGAGAUUAAGAAUCUUGAUGAUGAAUUAUAUACCGUAUUAAAGGAUCUUAAUGGAUUAUAUCAAUUAUUAGAAGGCGAGAAAAGGUGUUCUCCUAAUGGAGCUUGUAACAGUAUGUACAAGGAACUGCCAAUUAAAUAUGAAGGUGUAGAUAAGCAGAGUGUUCACACAUUCCUAGAAGAAUUUAAAAAUGAAAAUAUGAAAUAUAUCAUAGAAGAACAUCAAAAACAACAUGCAUUUUUGUUUAAUCCACGUUUUACUGUUUUAAUAUAA